CGGAGCAGACCAAGAGAGAAAGAGAGACGCGGAGCAACCGCGUUAGAGAGAGAGAGAGAGAGCAGCCGCCGGCGCGAUGAUGUGGAGCUCGGACUCCGACCGCGACGAGCCCGUGGCGCAGCAGCAGGAGCAGCCGUCCACGCCCCCGCCGCCGCCGCCUCCCCGCCGGCGUCGCCACCAGCGCGCCGCCGCCCGGCGCCGGGCCAACCGCCGCGCCAUGAGCACCGGCGUGGUGGCAGCAGAGGAAGAGGAGCAGGAGCUUCCCACUGAGGUGGAGGCGGAGGACGUGUGGCGUGGGCUGCAGCGGCAGCGGGAGCUGCGGGAGGCGUCGUCGUGGCCGCGGCGGGCGUCGCGGCCCGUGGUGGUGGCCGCCGGCGAGGAGGAGGGCGGCGGGUCCCCCGGCGCGGCGGCGCUCGGCAGGGAAGGCAGCGGUGGCGUGGGGAGGGCGCGGAGCCUGACCGACGACGACCUGGAGGAGCUGAAGGGGUGCGUGGAUCUGGGCUUCGGCUUCAGCUACCACGAGAUCCCCGAGCUCUGCGGCACGCUGCCCGCGCUCGAGCUCUGCUACUCCAUGAGCCAGCGCUUCCUCGACGAGCACCAGCCCCAGCCCGGCAAGCACGAGGAGGCGCCGGCAGCGACGCCGGCGCUCGCUCCGGCCUCGCCGGCGCAGCCCGUCGCCACCAACUGGAAGAUCUCCAGCCCCGGGGACAGCCCGGACGAGGUGAAGGCGAGGCUCAAGUACUGGGCGCAGGCGGUGGCGUGCACCGUCAGGCUCUGCAGCUGAUCAAUGGCGCAAAAAACAUCAAAUCUUGCCAACAAACUAAACACGGGAGAGGAUGACGAACAAUUGAAGAAGAGGGAAUCCGUUCCACUGCUGAACGCAUGCCAUCAGCUGAAAUGAAAUUACAGGAAUCGCGGCACCGGGAUGAUCGAUACCAUCAAGAAACACAAAGAGGAUCAUAUGCUACCGAUCAAGUUGCCCGCAGAUUCAUCGAAGCACCACCAUCAAAUUGAUAAUUCAUCAGAAGCACGCAAUGUCAAAUUAAAAUCUUGCCGACAUGGCUCACAAAUUUUGCCGAAUUACGCUGGGGGAAGGAGGGUCAGGACCCCAUUUCCCAGCCACAGCCCGAUGCUCUGUACUCGCAUGAAUCCUUGAUUCUCGCCAUAAUUUUUGCCCAUGUAAAACAACACCACCUGUAAAAUAGUAUAUUCAUCAACCUCAAUUCAGCAUGAAAAAUAAUCGCAUUACUUUAAGAUGA